GUGACGUUUGGUGGUUUUCCAAAAUGGCAGACAGUCUUCCAGCACAGAACGCACAGCUACAAACCCAACAUGUAGAGCUGGAAGUUGAUAGAGACAGCUGGUUGAGAAGUUGGAUCCGAUGGAAACCUACCUCCAGAGUGAUGUUAGCAGAGGCAGAACACAAACUUUUACACAUAUUAAGUGGUCGGUACCAGGGCAGAUAUAUUCCUGUGACUGGUGGCAGAAAUCGCCUGUGGACAAUAUGUAUCAAUGGAAGUUUACACACAAUAAAAACAGGAGAUGCAGAAAAUAGUCCACCUCUUGGAAUAUUACACCAUCAAACUGAGGACAAAUCUGAACUGCAUACAGCAAAUGGAGAUACAUCUCCCCUGGCGAGCAAUACUCCUUUAGUUUUAAUACAUGGCAUGGGGGGAGGGGUGGGUUUAUGGUCUCGGAACUUAGCGACUAUUUCUCAGGACAGAGCAUUGUACGCCUUUGACUUGCUCGGCUUUGGGCGCAGCUCAAGGCCCAAUUUCAGUUACGAGGCAGAUAUCGUGGAGGAGCAGUUUGUGCAGUCUGUGGAAGACUGGCGGGAAGCGGUGGGACUGGAGAAUUUUGUACUGCUAGGACACAGCCUGGGUGGGUUUGUGGCAGCUGGUUAUGCCAUGAAGUAUCCAGACAGAGUGAAGCACCUUGUUCUGGUGGAUCCAUGGGGGUUCCCAGAGAGACCUGCUGUGCCCCAGCAGAGGCCCUUCCCACUGUGGGUUAGGGCACUGGCCACGCUGCUGAAACCUUUUAACCCACUGGCAGUGGUGAGAGCUGCAGGGCCUUGGGGUCCUGGACUAAUACGCAGGUUCCGCCCAGAUCUGGAGGUCAAAUUUGCUGGUUUGGAAGGCAGAGAGGAGGAGAUACCUGUCUUUGACUAUAUAUAUCACUGUAAUGCUCAACCUCCAAGCGGCGAGACUGCCUUCAGCACCCUGAGUAUCCCAUUUGGCUGGGCAAAGAACCCCAUGAUUCGUAGGAUCCACGAGAUGAGCCCCCGUGUGCCUUUGACCAUGAUCUAUGGGUCGCGGUCCUGGGUUGACAGCAGCACAGGAUACCAGGUGAAAUACCUCAGGAACGACUCCCAUGUGGAUGUUCAGAUUAUCAAAGGUGCUGGUCACCAUGUGUAUGCUGAGAAACCUGAGGAGUUUAACACCCUGGUGAGGAAGUUGUGCAAGACUGUUGACGAGGAGAUGAAGAAUUCUACACAACAUAGAGAAGAUGUAGGUUCAACUCAGUGAUGACAUGGAGAGAAAAAAAAUGGAGGGACUGGAGAAGUGAUAAUCAGCAAAUCCUGUGGAUUUUAUUAUUUAUUGAUAUUGGUUAAUGAUGAAUGUAAUCUUCAGGUCUGGGGUGAUUCUGACCUGUUUUAUUUUUUUAGCCAAGUUAUUAAUUUUUUUCAUUGAAUGAAUAAUGACCUUGUGACAAAUAACCUUAUUAAUUCUUAGAACAUUUCUGACACAGAUUAAUCUUUUUUUUUGCCCAACAUUUGGCAAAACUCAUGUGCAUGUAGGUAUAACUUAUGUUAAAGUUUGCAAAGAACAGCUUCUUUUUAUCACCAGCUAUCAUAAAAAUCUUCCAGAUAAGAUAUAUAUCUUGACAUAAUGUUACGUUUUAGAUUUUAGAACUGUCACCAUGAAAAACAUAUACAACAUUGUACUCAGAAAUAGUCAUUCAUGUUUAACUUAUUUAAGUCACAAUGGAAAUAGGUUAAUUCACUGAAAUAACAUCAUUACAUGUAGGAGCUGCAUGAACAGUUAUAAUAGGUAUGUUAUACCGAGCGUUACAUAUUUCUUAAUCAGUGCUUUGAGUACAUAACUUUGUGUAUAGUAUGUGUGAUAAAGGUGAAUGCAACUAUCUAUUAAUGUAACUCGUUUCUCAAGUUAACGAAUAGGACAUACUAAUGUAACUGUUUGUCAUUUUUAGUCAUCUUAAGAUAAGUACUGUACUUUGCAUCCUAAUCAAUUGUACAAACUUUUUAAGUACUCCAUUGACACUAUAGCAAACGGGUUGCAAUAAGGAAAUGUUUUAACCAUGAACUACGGGUUCUUAUUUUCAGAGACGUUUCUACCUGUUUUUAUGAUCUUUGAAGUGAAUAAGUCAUGAAAGGUUCGGUGUCUGCCACAGAAUAAUGGCUCUGUUGCCAUUUUUAUGGGUGUUCAUACAUGUACAAUAUGGUGCUAGUCUUGGAAAGCAGAGAUCUAUGGUGUUUUGUAGAUAAAGUUUGUGAGCUGCUGGCAGAUCCAGGAAAUCAGAAGGGGUGGGGGGUGGGGAGAGGAACAAACAAAUUAUAUUGCA